CUAGGUUAUUGCGCCCCUAAACCAACGUACUGACAACGCUACCUCCCCGGAACUCAAACUUUAACAGACUGGUACUUGACGGCAUUUCACUCGUCAUGAACUAGAUUCGGAGGCGUCGGCUUCCGGUGUCCGGUCACAUGUUUCUCAUAAAGAUGGGCAACCUCGAGCCAAGGAAUACCAUAACAGUCGGUACUGACAGUGCAUCCACUGUAUGCACGACUCGCUCGGGUAAAUCAACGAGGCCUCUUCGACCCUCCGCUGCGCGGUGGCUAGGGUCGAGGUUACCUAGACUAAUCUCUGGUUAGAUGUUACCGCAUCCAUUGUCAGGGUUUUUCAAGUUUCCGGCCUCAAUUAGGUUGAUUCACACCUCUAGUUUGUUUCGAGCGGUAGACAAGGCAUCGUUGAGUAAACUCCGCAAGAGGACUGGCAUCUCAUUCAUCAAUUGUAAAAAGGCAUUAGAAAAGUUUGAGAAUGAUGUUGAUCAGGCUGAGGGGUGGUUAAAAGAAGAAGCACAGAAACAAGGCUGGGAAAAAGCGACAAAGCUGGGCGGGCGAACGAUGUCAUCAGGCCUGAUUGGUGUGAGGGUGGAUGGUGAUCUGGCUGCAAUGGUUGAGAUUAACUGCGAGACAGACUUCGUCGCCAGGAACAAGAAGUUCCAGAAUCUUGUUUCUCAGAUCAGUAACCUCGUCCUACAGCAAGGGAAGGAGAGUGAUGCUGCUAAGAUCUACUGGGAGAGAGAUGAAUUUAAUAAACUGAGCAGCAGUAAUAAGACAAUAUCUGACAUGGUUGCAAUGGAGGUUGGAAGUUUAGGUGAAAAUAUGGCAGCGAAGAGAGGAGUGGUGAUCAGAGCAGGGGAGAACUUCAAAGUGGGUCAUUAUGUUCAUGCAAUUGGUGCAGGUGACAAAGAAUCUGGUCAAUGUAGCCUAGGAAAAUAUGCAUCUGUCAUCAGAUACCGGCAGACGGCACCCGUAGAUUUACCCAAGUUCUCAUUGGAGGAGGCGGCUAGGCAAUUAUGUCAACAUAUUGUAGGUAUGAAUCCAACCUCUGUUGGCUCUACAGAAGAUGAACCUAGCGAAAGUAAGGACAACGAGUCCAAAAUGAUUCACCAGGAAUAUCUACUGGAUCCGUCACUGACUGUUAAUGAAGUGUUGGAGCAGAACUGUAUAAAAAUUGAUGACUUUGUGAGAUUUGAAUGUGGUGAUAUUCUGGAGUCUGAAAAGCCUAAGGAAGAGUUGAAGGAAACUGAUGCGGAGGCAAGACAACAGGCAUAAUUAAGACUUUUCCUUCAAGUAUCAUUUGUCAGGACACACGUCCUCUUCCAGGAUACAAUGAACAUUGAGAUCAUUUCAUUCAUAGUGAUUUCACAUCACCCUCUGCUAGCUAUUGAAAAUUGUGUGCUCAAAUGACAAAUGUAAAUAAAUUGUACAUUUUAUUGUCUAAUAAACAGUUA